AGCUUUAUGACCCCCGGCUGCCCCAAAUUGCUGCUCCAGCGUCUCUGCACGCUCUUACAUGCAGCCUCCCUUCUGUGGCUUGCAUCCGCAGACCAGCCUCUGCUCGGUGUCUUGGACUUCCUGCCCUCCACCGCAACGAGUCAUGUCUUCCCGCAGCCGAGUGGCCGUGGUGACCGGGAGUAACAAGGGGAUCGGCUUCGCCAUCGUGCGCGAUCUGUGCAAGAAAUUCUCCGGGGACGUGAUUCUCACCGCCAGGAACCCGACCCUGGGCCAGGAGGCUGUGAACAAGCUGAAGGAGGAGGGACUGAACCCUCUUUUCCACCAGCUGGACAUCACUGACCUGCAGAGCAUCCGGACCCUGCGGGAAUUUCUCCAGGAGCGGUACGGGGGUCUGGAUGUGCUGGUCAACAAUGCUGGAAUAGCCUUCAAAGUUCAUGAUACCACACCUUUUCCUAUUCAAGCUGAGGUGACGCUGAAAACCAACUUUUUUGGCACCCGAGCUGCGUCUGCAGAGUUGUUGCCUCUGAUAAAACCGCAAGGUAGAGUGGUGAAUGUGUCUAGCAUGGUGAGUGUACAUUCUCUUCAAAAAUGCAGCCCAGAACUUCAGCAGAAGUUUCGAAGUGACACAAUCACAGAGGAAGAGUUGGUGGGGCUCAUGAAUAAGUUUGUGGAAGAUACAAAGAAGGGAGUGCAUAAGGAGGAAGGUUGGCCUAACACUGCUUAUGGAGUGUCCAAGAUUGGAGUCACUGUCUUGUCGAGAAUCCAUGCCAGGCAACUGAAUGAGCAGAGGAAAGGUGAUAACAUUCUUCUGAAUGCCUGCUGCCCAGGAUGGGUGAGAACUGAUAUGGCAGGACCCAAGGCUACCAAAAGUAUAGAGGAAGGAGCUGAAACCCCAGUUUAUGUGGCUCUUUUACCCCCAGGUGUUACAGAACCUCAUGGCCAGUUUGUAUCAGAGAAAAAGGUUGAAAAAUGGUAAACUUAAUUUGUGAAUCCAUUCUAGUAAUACCUGAGUGGUAUACAUCUUGAAUAUGAUUUAAAAGUGCAUUUAGAAAGAAAUAAAAAUUAAAGCACAUUUUGUACCUUUACUAAUUGUCACAGCUAAUUCCUUUAAGGUGUUCAUUUUGAGUUGCCUACUAAUUAUAUGAGAGAUUUUGUAAUGACUAAAUAUUUGCAAUGUCGGAAAAGCAUGCAAAAUUCCUAUUGUCUAAAUGGAAUAAAAAGUUUUCUGAAAACUACCAAUAAAUCAUUAAUUAGUUAA